AUGAUCGCUGUAGACUAUGCAGCAGAGCACCCGACGUGUUUGAGGGAGAUCCCUCACCGCCUAGCUAUUUACCUUUUACACUACCCGUAUGGGAGCUACUGGUGCCUAGUUGGCAUGUGCACAGAGGGAUCACUCGCGUUAUCUCCAGAAGGGUUGCUUGCUUCUCUGCAACGAAAUAUCUUAACUGCAACGACCAGCUUGACACGCAUGUCAGCUGGUCUACCUGAUGAUCUUGCUCUGUCGUCUACGUUUAUCCCGGCCACAAAAUCACAGUUCUGCAUUGUGUAUGGGUGUAAUAAAUCGCAGAUGCAAAAGAUCCAACGACGGAUAUCGCUAGCAGGUGAUGGAUUGCAUCAUCCACUGACUACCGUAGGAAUCUUUGCGGAGAUAGAAAGAGAGAGGCUUGUCAAUGCCGUGGACGAUUUGGUGGACCAGUUUUCUCUUCGUGCUGAAGUAUUGGACAUGAAAUACUGGAACACAGAUCUUCCGGUCGAUAACCGCAAAACCAGGGAAAAUCUCGCCAUCUGUCUGCGGAGCCGCGAAUUGGCCGAUCAGAUACGGUCUACCAAGAGACAGAUCUCAAAAUUUAUAACCCACAUUGAUCGUUUCAAUGAGUGGAUGGCUGUUAUAAAUUUUGAGGGAACAAAUAAAACCGUGGAUGUUAUAGAGAGGAUGAAACUCAGAGAGACCGGAGAAAGAAUAAAAGGUAGAUUACAGGACAUGCUUCAUGAGUACGACGAUAAAAUCGAUGAAUGCAAGAUGAUGUCCGAGAGCUUAUCGCUCAUUAUGCAGACACUGUGGAAUCAAAUCGCCCAGAAGGAUUCGAGAACCAACACACAUAUCGCAAAGGUCAACAAUAUGAUUGCAAUUGAAACCAAGACCGAGAGCAUCCAAAUGAAGUCAAUUGCUCUCCUGACGAUGAUAUACAUUCCGCUCUCUUGCGUAGCAGUAUGA